AUGACCUCGCUCGCUCGUAACGGUUCGGUCCUUGUCGCCGAGAUCAAGGCCGCCCACCAUGCUCAGGAUGCCAACCUCAACGGUGCUGUUCCCGGCACUGCUACCGAUGGAGGUGCUGCUCCCGCUGUUGACCCUGCGCUUACCACUCCUCAGACCCACUCGCAGAUCGCCAACAGUCAGGCUGUUGAGACUUCUGCUUUGAACGCUGGUACUGGCGCUACUGCUGUUGGUCACCAGGCUGAUUCUUCCAUUGCUAGCGGCGGUGCUGUUUCCGAUGCUGCUGCUGACGGUGCUGCUGCUGGUCUCAUCCAGCCUCAGACUACUCCCAUCCAGCCUGGCGAGCGUGCUCUUCAGCCCUCUCACAUCAACACUGCUGUUCCUGCUGCUGGUGCCGGUGCCCCCGUUUCUGCUACUGGCUCGGCCAUCAGCGGGGGUGCUGUUGCACCAGGCACCGCUCCUGGUAGCUUCAUCAGUGCCACCUCCCCCGAUGCUCCUGCUCAGCAAGCUCCCGUCGCAGCUGCAGCUCAGCCCGCCCACCAGCAGCAACUCAACACUGUCACCCCUGCCGGUGCCGCCGCCGUCGUAGCCCACCCAGCCCCCACCUCGGUCGCCGCCGUCGAACCUCCUAAAUCGGCCCUCAGCCCCAAGGAGAUCAAGAAGAUGGACAAGCUCAUGAAAACCGAAGCGAAGAACGAACACAAAUCCCUCAAGCGUGCUAUCAAGGAUGCCACCUCUUCCGAAAAGCUCUUGCGCAAAUCGCGCGAUGCUGAAAGCCAGGCUCUCAAGCGCCACCAAAAGGCCCAGACCUACGAACACAAGGCUGCCAAGGCUCUCUCCAAGGCUAAGUCUGAGCAUGAGAAGUACGCUGCCGAAUUGGCCAAGGCUGUCGAGGAUUUGGACAUCAAGAAGCGUCACACCGAGAGCACUAGGGAAGGCUACGAGAAGGCCAAGAAGCACAUUGAUGAAUUGAGGAACCAGAAGACGGUGAAUGAUCAGGCCAGAUCGAGGCAGGCUGCUCAACUUCAUGGUCCUCGUUAA